AUGGCCACACCGCCUCCUGAUCUGCCAUGGCACCCCAUACCCUCGUCCACCGCAACAUGUAAGGUUUAUCUCCUACAGGCAGGAGGUCUUUACAUCCCCAAUGACAUGACUAUCCUUCCUGGGCCAGAUCAGCCUAACGACUCAGUCAAGCCUGCAUCUGUAGCCAGGGACUCCAAGCAAGAAUCAUUCUACGCCCCGGAUUACGUCUUCCUAAUUGAACAUGUGGCUACUGGAAAUAAGUAUAUCUUCGACCUCGGCAUGCGGAAAGAUUUGGAAAACCUACCGCCUCUGCUCAAGGAGAACGUGCUUCCGCAGUUCAAGUGCGAGCCUCAGUCUCCAGCGGAUAUACUCAAAGACCAUGGCUCGACGGCACAACAGCCAGAGAACAUCAAAGCAGUCAUAUUCUCACACAUGCAUUUCGAUCAUGUUGGCGAUGGUGCCCAAGCGGGCUUUAGCAACGGGGAGAUGUGGAUCGGGCCUACGUGCUGCACUUAUGCACGCCCUGGAUAUCCAAUUGAGCCUCGAGCCCCGACGCUCAGCGAUACCUUACCGGUAGAUGGGAGUCGGAAGAUUAUCGAAGCGUACAUCCCAGAUGAGUUGUUGAAGGCAGCAAACGACAAUCGAGCGGGCAAAGUCUUGGAGGGCAUGAAGAAGGGAUUGUACGCAGGGACAGAUCUCAAGAAACCCGAGUGGAUGGGACUUGGUGCUUUCGAUCGCGCCUUCGAUAUCUGGGGUGAUGGGAGCGCUUUUCUAGUGGAUGCGCCGGGACACUCGGCAGGCCAUCAGAUGAUGCUCAUACGAACCACUUCCAUAUCCAACACGGAAUCUACGUUUGUGCUCUUGGCCGGCGAUUGUUUUCACCAUCCUACCCUUCUUCAGGAUCCGCAACGUACAGCUCGGCCACCGUAUUCGAAGGAGAGUAUGCAUUCUGAGCCCGAAAUCGCCAUCGCUUCGAUUUGGCGAACAAGAAAGUUCGCUGAGAGAGAUGAGAUUUGGGUAGUUGCUGCGCAUGACUUCAGUGUUGGAGCUGCCAUAGAGCAAGGAAAGAAGGUUAUUGAGGGUUUAGUAGACAUUGGAGGAUGGAAGGAAAUGGGCUGGAAGAAGCAUCUUGAAGACGGAAUAUAG